AGUGUCCGCCCUGUAUUUGUGGAUGAGGUUCCAGUGAUCCCCGGGUUUCCACCGCAUUAGGCCCCGUCUUAUCUCGCGUCGCACCUCCGCUUUCUUUGUCCCCGCAUUUGUCUCUAUAUCUCUAUCCAACAUGUCCCAUACCGCAUCCCUAAUGGCGGCCUCGACCUCGUACUCAAUGAACUCGAUCGGGAGUCAGAUCGGCUACAAAGUUCGCAGCCUGGCGCAGCUUGGCCGGCCCGCCAUCAACAUCCAGCUCGACGGUGCCGAAACGAGUGGCGCUGCUCGGGCUUCAUACGUCACGAGUUACUCGACCAUGGAUCGCAUCCAAGGCACUGUCUCGAUUACUACCGGUAACGACACGCGAUUUGAUGAGAUCGAGAUUGCUUUCAUUGGUGUUGCGAAGACUCACGUUGACCGGCUAACAAGUACCCCGACCAUCUCGGGCCGGUCAGAGGCAACACAUCGGUUCCUCAAGCUGGUGAUGCCGCUUGACCAUUCGCUCAUGCCACAACCGAGAAUUCUCUAUGCCGGCCAGACACAGACGUUUCCCUUUACUUUCGUUGUACCCGAACAAUUACUACCGCGAGCAUGCACCCACAGGACCGACAGCAUCCAUGUACACCAGAGGCAUCUCGAGCUGCCGCCGAGCCUGGGCGACCCAGAGUUGGCAGGCUUCAAUGGUAUGUUGUUGGACGAUUUGGCUCCGGACAUGUCCCGCAUCACGUACGGUAUCAAGGUCAAGGUCACCCAGUUUCGGGAUGUCGACUCUACCAUCCUCACCCUCGGGGAAAAGAUGAGAAAGGUCCGGGUCAAGCCCGCUUUUGAGGUGCAGCCACCAAUCAACGUCGACUCCAGGGACAAGGAGUACCGUCUCCGGCAAGAGAGGGUCAUCCGCAAGGGCCUGUUCAAGGGCAAGCUAGGAACGUUGGUGAUGGAGAGCUCGCAACCCAAGAGUUUGGUCAUCCCAGGUGCGCGAUCGCCAUCAGGCACCACACUCUCAACGAUGACCAAGAUACUACUUCGAUUCGAUCCCGCCGACGAGUCUGCGCAGCCACCACGGUUCGGCUCCCUCAACUCUAAGAUAAAGGUCACGACCUUCUUCGCAAGCACACCCCGCAUGAACUUUCCCAACCGGUCUACAAAUGAAUUUGACCUCAUGUCCGGCUUCUACUCGGAAAUGCUCGACUUGUCCAAGAUGUGUGUCGCUUCCGCACAAUGGCACCGCCACGAAUCGGAAGCCUCGCUCGCCUUGGCGCGCCGUGACUCUGGUGUUUCAUCUGACUGCUCCGAGCAGGGACGCAAUAGCUCUAGCAGCUUACCGCACACCAAUACUCAUACCUACUCUACCGCAAACGCCACCAAGAACUACAAGGGGAAGUCAUUCUACACCGCCACGCUUCUAGUCCCCAUCACCCUCCCAGAAAACAAGAGCUUCGUCCCAACGUUCCACUCCUGUCUCAUCUCGCGCGUCUACUCCCUGAACCUGAGCCUCUCUGUGCACGCCCCCGGCAUCGGCGACCCUAGCAUGACCGUCAAGGUACCCAUUCAGAUUGCAGCCGACACCUCUGAGAGCGGUGCUGCACGUAUACGGGAGACGCGCGCUGAGAGCCUAGCCAUCCAAGACGCAAACGAGAUGUGGACGCCUCGCAGCGUUGCCCCUGCACAACUCUCCACGAUGGCUGGCGGUGAUGGACCUCCCGACUACUCAGCAUUUGCCUCAGCGCACCCAAGUAGCCAUACGCGGGCAAUGGCGAUUCAGACAUGA